UAUCAAAUUUGCCACCGGCUUGAACAGAACUCGUGCCAUGUUUCGUGGUAAAGUUUUUCCCGUCGUGUUUGCGCUUUUGCUCAUUCUGAAGUUGCAUAUUUCAAUGUCAGGGGCGCAGGGUCACAAGGAUUCGAUUCUACAAGUAAGUCCCUUUAAAAACUACACGCCCAGGAAUUACAAGAAAGAAGUUGAAAAAACAAUGGAGCGAGGGGGCAUUGAAGAAUCUCCGAAGCUAUCAAAGGGAGAGGUAAACGAGCAGCAACAUUACUGGACUAUCAUGGCCCUACACUCGUGUACCCUGAGGCGCACGUUGGAAGUUAUUACAAGCUCUUUCAGAGAAAAAGGGACAAGGUGCCCAAAGGCUUUAGAACGUACUACAGCCGAUGAUGAAAGACAAGCUGCCGGAUUUUACUAAAAUGGCUCAAGUCAUUCAGUCUAAAGGCCAAUAUACUAUGUUGUCAGGCAUACAAGCUCCAAAGUUGUUGGAAAUUAAACAUAAUCG